AUGAUGCCUCCCGGCUCUCAAAACAUGGAUUUCAAAUGUGCACUCGUCACAGGUGGCGGCGGCGGCAUCGGCAAGGCAAUGUCACAGUACUUUAUUUCUCAGGGCAAACAAGUCAUCAUCGCCGGGCGUACCGAGUCCAACCUGAAAGCCACGGCAAAGGAGAUUGGGGUCACGGCAUAUUAUGUUCUGGACACGGGCCGCGUCGCCGAUAUCCAGUCGUUUGUGGGCAAGAUCACCAAGGAGCAUCCCGAGAUCGAUUGCUUGGUGAACAACGCCGGGGUCCAGCGGCCGCUGGAGGUACUGAAGCAGGAUCCAGACGAGUUUCUCCAAAAAGCCGACCAGGAGAUUGAUAUCAACAUCCGCGGGCCCAUGCAUUUAGCAUUGGCAUUCCUAAAACACUUCAAAGCAAAGGAGCAUUCGAUGAUCAUCAAUGUUUCGAGUGUCCUGGGUUUUGUGCCAUUCUCCGUGAUCAACCCUGUCUACAAUGGCACAAAGGCCUGGCUGCAUUUCUGGAGCUUAGCGAUCAGCAGGACACAACUCCGGGGUACGAGCGUGCGCAUCGUUGAGAUUGCACCGCCAGCAGUUGGGACCGACUUGCACAGGGACCGUGACGAUCCCGACGACAACAAGAAGCACAAGAACCCCGAUGCUCUGAGUAUCGAGGAAUUCAUAGAUGAAAUCAGCAAAAAGCUUGAAAGGGGUGACGAAAUGAUCACGGCGGGAAUUGGCAAUGCCAUUGUCGACAAAUGGGACGAGACAAUGGGCGCAAAAUAUGCCGAAAUGACAGAGGCUUCCUAG